AUAAUACAGGAAAAGCAAAACUGAAACAAAGUCACACUAAGUUGCAUAAUCCUCUAAAAAUUGAAACAAAGAAGUGAAUGGAAGAACGCAAUGUUACUAUGGACAACACAGAAUCAAAGGGAUUGGAAGCUUCUUUACAAAAUCUAAUUCAUCUUCACCAUCACAAAUCUCUCAUACUCGCCAAUCAAUCCGAGAAAUCGAAGAAAGAUGCAAUUAGAAAAGCAGAACGAGUUUCUGAUCUGUUGGUUGAAGCUGUGAAUGGUGGUGUUCAAGAUUCAUUCAUUUAUCAGAAACGAAUUGAGCUUGAAAUUCGUGCUCUUUCUGCUACUAUUACUAGCUUUACUAAACAAACGGAUCAGUGGCUUAAUGCUACUCAUUCUCUUAACACAGCUCUCAAGGAAAUUGGAGACUUUGAGAAUUGGAUGAAGAUCAUGGAAUAUGAUUUUAAAAGUAUCAAUGCAGCUAUACAAAACAUUCACCAAGAGUGAUCUUGCAGGUUGUAGCAUGUUUCCGUGUAAGAGUCAUCAUGUAAUUCUAAUACCUUUCCAUUCAUUUUCCUAUUCUAGGCAUAAUUCCCAAUAUCAUGUAAAUUUUUAUUAGAUAACAGCUUGUUUUUCAACAAAAUAAGCAGCAUAAAGUAGAAACAACCUUGUAUCCUUACUCUGAAUUUAAUUUAUCUAAGUAGUGGGUCACAUAUUAGAUAUUAAACAGAUAAAUUGCAAUAUUUGUAAACAAUACUUUUAAAUAAGAAACGAAUCCUAAGCACUAAGAAAAAUUAUAAAUCAUAUA